GAUACAAUGCCCAACAUUGCACUGGUGGGCUCUGGAGGAGGCGAGCGAGCCAUGCUGGGAUUACUGGGAUCACUGGUUCAGUUGAAGAAAUGUGAUCUGCUGGACUGUAUACUGUAUCUGUGUGGAACUUCAGGAUCCACAUGGUGCAUGGCGUCCUUAUACAAAGAACCAGACUGGUCCACUCAUCUGAAUGCUGUGCUGAAAGACAUCAUGGAAAGGCUUGGGGCUAAAGUCAGCCUGCAGGAUGCUUGGACUAAACUGCACAAAUACCAUGAUGAGCCCAACUUCUCCCUCACACAUGUCUGGGCUGUAAUGUUUGUCUCUAUGAUCGUGAAAGAGAUUGAUGAGAACACUAUAAGUAAUCAGAAAGGAAAUCACAGCAAAGACCCAUAUCCCAUCUACACUGUGAUUGACAAGCAGUACAAACAGAAGAAACUGAACCAAGAUGCUUGGUUUGAGAUUACACCUCAUGAAGCUGGAUACUCUGUCACUGGGGCUUUUGUGGACUCAGCCUAUUUUGGGAGUCAGUUUAAAAAUGGAAAUUUGAUUAAAAAGCAGCCUGAGAUUGACAUGCUGUAUCUGCAAGGACUCUGUGGCAGUGCCCUUGCUGAUAAAGAAAAGAUACUGAAAUGGUUUUGGGAAAAGAUCAGAGGAAAGUGGGACAAACCUAGGAAAGAAAUGUUUGUCUCUGCACAGGGGUUACUCCAUGAGCGCAGGCAUGACAUACUGAAGCAGCACACACUGACCAUAUUUGAAAACUUCGAAGAUUGGUUUGAGACCUCAGAGAAAGGUGCAAGCUUUAUCAGUAUUCUGAAUGACAUCAUAAGGCUUCUUAAGACCUGGACAUGGGGAACAACAUACAAUUUCCUCUACAAAAUGGAAGAAGAAGAUGUGCGCCUCUCUGUUCUGAGUGAGGAGAAGACAUAUUAUGAGGAUGCUGGGUUGCUGAACAACUCUCCCUAUUUCCCAAUGCUGAGAAAGGAAAGAGACAUCGAUCUCAUCAUCUCCCUUGACUUCAGUGCUGGAGACCCAAUGGAGACUGUGAUCAAUACCUCUGAAAUGUGCAGGGACUUGAAGAUUCCUUUCCCUGAGGUGAAAUUGCCAAGAGGUGUUUCUGAGCCAGAUGACUUCUAUCUGUUUGAGGGGGAGAACGGAGCUCCCACUGUGAUCCACAUUCCUCUUUUCAACAAAGUCAACUGUGAUGGACAUAUUAAGGAGUGGGUGAAAAGAUAUAGAACCUUCCAGAGCGCCUACAGCCAUGACAUGAUGAUCGAUCUGAUUGAGAAAGCAGGCGAGAAUGUGAAAAACAACAAGGCAAGACUAGUGACAGCGAUUCGGGAGGUCAUUGAGAAAAAGAAGGCCAAAGCAUGCUAG